AUGACCAAGGGGAUGCUGAGGCUCAAGAGCUACAAGGACGGACAAGACAUACAGGAUGACUACACCAUUCCCAUCGAAAAGAAGUUAUGGGGCAAACCGCUGGACUCGAUUCUCAGGUCUACCUACUGCAAAGCGCGUGGGGUCUCCAUGGAACCGGAUGAGGCGGAGGUACGGGUGAAGUUUAUGCUGCCCGAGGCCGGGGCAGGCCUGGGUUGGCUGGACACCUCCCUCUCUGUCAGGCAGCUGCAGUUGAAGGACAGCGACAUCGUCGAGGUCCUGGUCAUCGACCGAGCGGCGCCUUUGCCAACCGAGGCGUCCGCCAUCCUCACACGUGCGGAAGCCUUGCAGCUUCUAGCGGCCGGUCGUCCGCAGAGCGUUACCGACGCCUGGCUGGCCAAGGUCUGGUCUGUCCUUGCGAGGUACGCAGAGGACGACCUCCUCGUAGGACCAGGGCUCGAGCUCUUGGCGGAAGCAGUAGAGAAAGAUGCUUCGCUGUGCACCAAAGUCUUCGAUACGAAAGGCAACUCCUGCGACGUGCUGCGGCUUCUCUCGCGCCUGCUGGGUGAGCUGCACAGUGUGAACCAACGGGUGCAGACGGCUGGCUGGCGCUUGAUGAUCAAGGGAGCCGAGGAUGCGACCCUCCGCGCUCGCCUGGGUCGCAGCGGGAAGGCCGUGGCCUUGAAGAUCCAGCGCCGGGGCGAUGCCGUCUCCGCCACGCAGCUCACCCGCUUCCUCGACCUUGUGGGCGGUGCGAAGCCAAAAGCCCCCGAGCAGAAGGAGGGCGUGAUGGUCGUCGCGCCUGCUGGCGGCUACAAGGCUGCCCAGGACUUUGCUGCUCGCGCAGCCGAGCGAUGGCAGGAGGAAUCAACUGCUGCUUCGGUGCGCCUGGAGCGGGCCAUUCAUCAGGACGAGCCCAUGGAGAUCGAGAAGGCACUGCACAAUCUGAUCUCCAAGAUGCGGCGUAAAGACGUGAACUGGCGCAGUGUGGAGGAGGCCGGCGUCGGCCAGCUGCUCCGCCCUUCGGCGUACUCCAAGCAAGUGGGUCAGGGCUUGCUCCUGGAGUUUCGCCUGCAGCUCAUGAUCAUUAUUGCGCUCCUAGCGUUCUGGUUCAUUAAUUAG